GGUGGUGGACACACCCUCACCAUCGCGAGAGAUGGCCCAAGCUACUGACUCCCCCGUCGUCCCGCAAACACAUUCGGACCCAUCGACCCUCUGUUCGAUGAAUGUGUUCGAGUCCUUAGAGGAGCUAGAGGAGGAGUGGUCUAGAUCAGACCCACUAGCUUCUUGGACGACACUAAUCAAAGCUCCUAAGGGUGAGAUGUUCGUCAGUGAGGUAGUCAUUGGCGAUCGCAAGACCGAGGCUUAUUAUGACACUUGCUCGACGAGGAAUUUCAUUAGUCGUGCGUGCGUUGAGAGGCUGCGCUUACAGGGGCGAGUGCAGCGCCUGAGUCGACCUGUGGAGUCGACUUGUGCCAACAAACAACGCAUGGUAGUUAACGACUACCUUCAGGACGUUGAGUGUCUGUUCCCGUACGCGGGAGGGAAAUUGAGGCAUCGUGUCUCAUUCCUGGUGAGCGACGAUCUCCCCAUGGACAUAUUGUUAGGUAUGUACUACCUCUCAGUUGCACAGCCCCAGUUCGACUGGGAUCGAAAAGUGGUCAAACACACUUUGCCAAGUGGAGGGACCGCCAGAUUACAUAAGUUCAAAGCUAGUAGUCUGAUUGAGUCCCACAGAUGCAUGGGUGUGGCCGCAUUCUAUAAUUAUUAUAAGCAACAUCAGGAGGAGGGUAUGCAUCUAGUUUACGUCUCUGCUGCAGGCGAGCCGAUGGAAAUGCCGCCGGAGAUAGAGGGAGUAGUUGCCAAAUAUCCUGAUCUAUUUGAAGAGCCAGCAGGGGUUGUUGAUAGGGAGGUCGUCCACGCUAUAGAGAUUAUCCCAGGGUCUAGCAUCCUGAAGGGUAGGAUCUAUAGGAUGUCUCCAGGCGAGCUUGAUGAGCUUCGCCGCCAACUCAAGGAACUCAUAGAGAAGGGUUGGAUCGGGCUGAGUGUCUCCCCUUAUGGGUCUCCAGUUCUAUUUGUUCCAAAGAAGGGAGGCACUUUGAGGAUGUGCAUUGAUUAUAGGGGCCUCGAUGCCAUCACAGUGAAGAACAGGGAGCCCCUACCGCGCAUCGAUGAUUUGCUUGAUAGAGUGCAAGGGUGUCGGUACUUCAGCAAGAUAGAUCUGAAGUCCGGGUACCAUCAGAUUGCAAUCCGGCCUGAGGAUCAGCACAAAACCGCCUUUCAGACCAGGUACGGUCUGUACGAGUUUGUGGUGAUGCCAUUCGACUUGUGCAAUGCUCCUGGCACCUUUCAGCACGCUAUGAAUCGGAUCUUUCAUGACUACUUAGGCAAGUUUGUUAUCGUGUACCUCGAUGACAUACUUAUCUUUAGUAGGACUGUUGAGGAGCACGUGGCACAUCUAGAUAAAGUCCUCAGUCUCCUUCGUCAGCACAAGUUCAAGAUUAACGAUGAGAAGUGCGAAUUUGGCUGCACCCGUAUCUUGUACUUGGGUCAUGAGAUUUCCGCGGAAGGGUUGAAGCCCGAUGACGCGAAGGUGGCCAGCAUUCGUGAUUGGCCACGUCCGCAGUCUGUGACUGAGAUGAGAUUUUUCUUAGGGAUGACAAGCUACUAUAGAACUUUUGUAAAGAACUAUAGCAUAGUGGCCGCCCCUUUGACUGAUCUGACCCGCCUUGACACACCAUGGGAGUGGACAGACGAGUGCGAGGCUGCUUUCAGACAUCUGAAGCAUGCGUUGACGCACUAUGAGGUCUUGAAACUUCCCGAUCCUGACAAGCCAUUUGUGGUUACCACGGAUGCUAGCCAAUAUGGCAUUGGCGCCGUGCUUGCGCAGCAGGAGGGGCCAAAGUUGAGGCCAGUSGAGUACAUGUCUAAGAAAAUGYYGWYUCAGAAGUYGGCAAAAUCAACCUAUGAGAAGGAACUCUAUGCGGUGUACAAGGCUCUGACCCAUUGGAGGCACUACCUCCUUGGGAGGUUCUUCAUCCUCAGAACUGAUCAUCAGACUCUGAGAUGGAUGAGAACUCAGCCGGUCCUUUCUGACACUUUGAAGCGUUGGAUCGAAGUCAUUGAGCAAUAUGACUUUGACCCUCAGUAUCUGAAAGGGGAGCACAAUAAGGUUGCAGAUGCCUUGUCGCGUAGACCUGAUUUCUCAGGUGCGCUGAUAACUGAGUUCGAUCCGACGGACGAUGUAACUCGCUCUUUGGUGGAAGCCUAUCACGAGGACCAGUUUAUGUCUGAGAUCAUACGCAGACUAGAGGCGAAGGAUAAAAAAACUUCUGCUGAGUUUGAGUUGGUCAACGGCUUACUGUUCCUUGAGAAGGCAGGGAAUAAACGAUUUUGUGUUCCAAAUAGAGAGUCUUUGCGUAGUUUGUUUUUAGGUGAGUGCCAUGAUGCCACCGGCCAUUUUGGGUACAAGAAGACCGCAGCCAAUCUGUUGCAGCGGUUCAGGUGGCCCACGAUGAUGCGAGAUGCCCAGCUGUACGUGGAGACUUGUCAAGUCUGUCAGCGUGACAAGCCACGUACUCAGGCUCCCUUUGGGCUCCUGAAGCCCCUUCCGAUUCCGGAAAGGCCUGGUGAAAGCUUGUCCAUGGACUUCAUGGAUACGCUGGUCACCAGCAAGAGUGGGAUGAGACACAUCUUCGUCAUCGUGGAUAGAUUUAGUAAGUAUGCUAGAUUAGUAGCCAUGCCGGAGACUGCGAAAACCGAGUACGUCAUCAGAUUGUUUAAAGAGAAUUGGGUCACGGAUUUUGGUUUGCCCAAAUCCAUAGUGAGUGACAGGGAUGUCCGAUUCACUAGUGAGUUGUGGAAGGUCGCUGCUGCGGAGCAGGGAACCCAGUUGCAGAUGACUUCUGGGAAUCACCCAGAGGCCAAUGGCCAGGCGGAGCAACUGAACCGCGCUAUACAACACCUGUUGAGGCAUUACAUCAAGCCCAACCAGGUGGACUGGGAUGAGAAUCUUGCACUCAUCGCCAGCCUGUACAACAACGCUGUACACAGCGCUACCGGGGUGAGCCCAAACAGUUUACUGUUGACUUUCAAGCCUAGACUGCCCUUAGACUUCCUUCUUCCUGAUAAUCAGUCAACUGCUGCACCAGGCACCAUAGAAUUUGCCUAUCGGUAUGAACAGAAGAUGCCGCAGGCGGUAGAGCAGAUGCAGAAGGCACAGGCGGUAAUGAUAGAGUCUGAGAAUAGGAGUACGGGAUUUCCCGCAAACUUAUGCCUCAGUACUUUGGGCCUUGGGAAGUCUUAGAUGUAGUUGGGACUGAUCCGAAUGGGCCAUCUUAUGUAGUCCGGAUCCCUGGUCAUCUUCGCACUUACCCUGUCUUUCACGCCUCUAAACUUGCACCUUUCAAGGAAACAGAUGAGUUUCCUUCUCGUCGCUCAAUGCUGCCCCCAACCAUGGAUGGAGAAGUGGACAUUGAUGACAUAGUGGAUCACAGGGAGCUGCCAGUUCCGAGACCCACAGGCAGGGGACGUCCUCCGAAGCCGAAGCUGCAGUACCGCGUUC